ACGCUCGAGUAAGCCUAGGUCUUCAAGGACCUCCAAAACUUUCUACACGAUUUAUGGCUUUACUGCCACACAUAAAAGAUUGGUUUUUAUGUGGAAAUAGUUAUGAUAUAUCGAAAGGAAAGUUAUUUAAAGUGCAGAGAAGCGAAUAUGUACUUUUUAUGUGCUACCUAAGUUGAAGUGAGAUUCACACUGUACAAUGCACAGGAUCAAUGAAUUCGUGUUUACGUAUAAGUCCAAAAACUGACUUGACCGUUUGGCAACAAACCUUUUUUUUACGAGGGGGAAAUGUUCCAAAGAUUCCUCCUCCAGGGGCACAAGGUUAUGCCGGAUUCUUAUCGGCUAAAUCCCCCACGGUGGUUCUUCCCCGGGGCAUGAACGCACCCCAGGAACUCUUGAAGAACAUGACUGGGGUCUCCGCGCUAUUGAAUGUCAUCCGGGGGGAAGUCUUUUCGACCUGCCGUUUGCCCGCCGGCACUGAUAAAGCGGCCUGGAAGGCCGGUGGACUUAUGAUAGAAUCAAGAAAGUAUCGAUGUUACAUAAGGAUUUAUCAAAUGAUUGUCACGUUUUGGAUCAUUUUUUCAACCAUUCUCACUACAUACAGUGAAUCGAAUACAUAUCCAUGCUUACCAGUGGAUGAAGCAGUUUGGAACUGUCCCACAGGAAACAACUCAGGCUUCCUUGUCGAAAUCAUUGAAUAUACCAGUAUUCAUAUUAAAUGUCAAAAUUAUCCGCAAUGGCCUCCAUUUUACUUGUUCAACUUAUUCCUGAAGGAGCACAUAAAGUCCAUGGAUAUAUCGGAAUGUGGUCUGCCAAUGAACUCGAGCAUAAGUGAAAUUUCGAGUACAUUCAACGGACAGAAUAUCUAUGAGUUACAGCUGCAUAAUUGGAGCGGUGCCAUCGUCAGAAACCAUUUGAAAGGGUUUCCAAACUUGCAAAGGUUUACGUUAUCAAGCAGCAAUCUUACAAAUUUGAGCACCGACAUAUUCGCAGAUGUACCAUAUCUUUUUCUGCUUUAUUUGAAACAUAAUAAAGCCUGUUUACCUGUGGGAAUCUUUAAUAAUACACCAGAUCUCCAAAUACUUGUCUUGAGUGGUAGCAUGAUGAAUCACCUCGAGCCGGGCAUAUUUGAUCCGCUGACGAAAUUGCGCUCGUUAAGCUUGCAGAUAAACAAUUUCACAGAUAAACAAUUGAAACCUGGGUUAUUUUAUAAUCUCACGUCUUUGACGAGUCUGGAGAUGAGUUCGAGUAAUCUAAUCACUUUGCCGGAGAACAUUUUCGCAAAACUGGAAAGUUUAACAUGGCUAUACGUGAGAGAUAUACGUUUGAAUCACAAUAGUUGGAGCACAAUACCUGAAGACCUGUUUUGGGGCUUAAUAUCAUUAGAUUAUAUUGAUCUAGCAAAAAAUUAUUUUGAGACGCUACCUAAACGUAUUUUUGAAGGACUACAGCAACUGUCUUACCUAAGCCUAAAUUCCAAUAAAUUAAUUAGACUACCAAGUAGAAUUUUUUCAGAUGCGACUAACUUAAGACUCCUGAAUUUGUCAGAGAAUUGUCUUACUUCGAUAUCCAGGGUGUCCCGUAACUAGUGUUACUCCUUGAAAGGGGUG